AUGACCUGCACGCUUCCUGAAGGCGGCCUUAUCGCAGACAUCGCUCGCUUUGAUCGCGACAGCUUGAAAAAGGUAACCUUGGUCCAAGACAUGGUAGCCCGUGACUUGGUGCGUGAUUUGGUGUAUCGGCCAACGCGGCCGGUACACGCGGCGUACGGAGAGACAAGCUUCUACCUGACCGAGGCGAGUACGGACGAAGACGAUGAGGACAGCGACAUGGAGAGCGACUGGAGCGAUCUUGUCGAGGAUGAGGUCGACGACGAUGCAAACCAGGACAGUGACGACUCGACGUCCGGAUUUCUUCUCGUCCAGCGCACGCAACCAACGUUCCACCCCACGCCCCACGCAGAGCUCCUCGCUGCGAUUCGUCAGCGCGUGCCCAAAUGCACUCGCACCCGCACCCGUCGUCGCAGCUAUGUGCUUUGGCGUCCGACACCCGAGGUCGACAGAAGUCCAUCGCCGGUGCGUCCCGUGCCAAUUCUGCGGUGCCCAGAUUUGACGCUCUGCGCGUCAUUGUCGCUCUCGGAGGCCUCCGAGUGGUCGGACGACGAUUGA